AUGGCUGGGGCGCGGGCGGAGGAUCAGAAGCAGCAGGGCAAUGUGGUGCUCUAUGUUGUCGUCGCGAUCUACCUGGUCUUGCUUCUCGUAGUGGCCAAGAUCGCCCACUCCAGAAAGAGAAGGGCCACAGCGAGCGCCGGUGAGGUGCAGGCUCACUUUGGGGGCUCAUUUGGAGCGGCCACAUUGCUCCUGACGACUUUUUCAACUGUCUACUCUGGUUUUACAGUCACUGGCAUUCCCGACGAAGCAUUUGACAAGGGCUUCGUAUCUUUGAGAUGGGUGGGAGCGACCCUGGUGAUCGUGGCAGCCAUGCUGCUGCUCUAUCCCAGGCUUCGACGAUUGGCUGUGACCAGAGAGUACAAGAGCCCCAUCGACUUCGUCUCAGACAGAUAUGGUACCAUCCGGCUUCGCCUGCUAUGUGCUGCCUGCGGAGUUGUUCCCAUGAUCAUCUACAUCACUGCGCAGAUGCUCUCCUUUGCCGCGAUGGUUCAGGGCAUGACAUUCCAGGUGAUCCCCAAGUGGGCCUGCAUCCUGGUCUUCAUAGUCCUGAUGCUGACUCUAGAAGUGCUGGGCGGGAUGAACAGCGUGGUACUCACUGACGUGGUGCAGAGCACCGUGAUGAUCCUCUCCUUUCUGGCAGUGCCAUUCUUCCUGGCCUUCGAGUAUGGCUCCCUGCCUGACAUGGGGCCUGCAGAUUGCCCGUUUCUGAUGAGCGUGUCGCCAAACGUGACGGACAGCUUCUCUGUGCCGGAGCAGUGCAUGGGAUCUGGGUGUGUGGCUGCAGGCUGCAUCGCAGCAGUGAAGCCGGAGUUCUACGAGUUCCCAAGUAGGUCGACGCUUUGCGACGUGAUCUUCUUUCUGAUCAACAUGCUUGCAGCGCCACUGCAGCCGCACAUGGUGCAGCGCGCCUACAUCGCCUCCAGCGAUGCAAGCUUGCGCCUGGUGAUGGCCGCGAUGCUCUUGGCACCCUUCGUGGCACAGCCUCCAGGCAUCAUCAUCGGCCUCACCAAGAGUGCCUACGACCCUGCUUGGCCUUUAGUGGACAGGGGGGCGUCGGCCUUUUCGGCUGUGACGGCGCAACUGAAGAUGGCCGGACCGAUCCAAUACUUUCUGGUGUCUGUCAUGACAUGCUCGACCCUGGCGGCGAUCAUGUCAACUGCAGACUCCGCACUGAUGGGAGCUUCAAGCGUGGUCUCAAUGGAUGUCAUCAAGGGGACGCUUCUGAAAUCCUUAUCAACCAAGAACGUGGUGAGGGCUGGAGAACUGACCUCCGGGAUUGUCUGCGCGGUGUCUUUCGCGCUUGCCAUGCUGUUGAGCAGUGACCAAAUGGGCACGAUCAUCGUUUUCCAGAAUGGCAUGCUCAUGCAAAUGCUCCCGGCCUUCGGUUUUGGGCUCUAUUUGAACAUCGCGGAGCGUGCGGUCACCGGAGGAAUUGCUGCGGGUCUGGUGUCCCUCUUGAUCCUCUCCAUUGCCGGCAAUCCGCUCGAUGAUUAUGUCCCUUCCAUCAAUGUCUCGGUAUUCUUCAACUUCCUGUUUGUGGCACUGGUACAAGUGUCUGUACCAGGUACCACCAAAGGACAGCUAACAGUCGAAGGAAUUAGAAAGAUUAUGUCAAGCUCGCGAGAGCCUAGCAUUGCCCUGGCGGCCUUGAUGAUUGGGCUUGCUCUGAUUUCAGCUCCUUGGUACGGCAGACCAGGAGAGCAGGAGCCCAUCAUCUUCGGGUCGCCUCGUUGGGGCAUCAUCCAAAUGGCUUUCUUCGUGGUGAUCUUUGGAAUCGGCGUCGUGGCUUGUGUGCAAUGGAGACCCCCCACCGACUCGUUGAGCGACGUGGAUGUGCACGGCGUUGCGGAAGGGCCCAAAGAGGCUGAAUGUAGACACACGGGAUGCUCUGGCCAGGUCAAGAUGAAUCGUGAGGUCCAGAUUCUGCAAGGCUUGUCACAUCCCAGGAUUGUGAACCUUCACGCUGUACACAGAACAAAGCAGUGGGUUUUCUUGGUUAUGGAGUUGGUCAAGGGCGGCGAGCUGUUUGACGUCAUCGUGAGCAACAAGACCCUCAACGAAAUUGAAGCCAAGUACAUUUUCCGCCAGCUUCUCGAAGGUGUAGGCUACAUGCACACCAAGCAUGUGAUUCACCGGGAUCUCAAGCCCGAGAACAUUCUCAUUGCCUCCAGCAGGGAGGUACCUCCACCCAUGACAGGAGUUCUCCGGGAGGUGAAGAUUGCAGAUUUUGGUCUCUCCAAGAUCAUUAACGAGGGCACCUCCUUCGCGAAGACCUUUGUGGGCACGCCGCAGUAUUGGGCACCAGAGGUGUUGAACGUCCAGCGAGGCGGGGGCAGCUACACUCAGGCUGCAGACUUCUGGAGCCUGGGCGCGGUGCUCUUCGUGAUGCUGGGGGGGCGGUAUCCCUUCGAUGGGAAGGCCAUGCCGCUGGAGGAGCAGAUCCGAACAGCCACGUUCAGCAUGACGUCCGCUGCCUGGCAGCGCGUGUCGGACGAGGCCAAGGAUAUGGUCAGAGGCUUGCUCAAGGUGAACCCCAAGGAACGGCUCAAUAUUGAGGACUGCAUGGUUCACCCGUGGUUAGCAGGUGCUAUCCCACGUUCCCCGACGCAGGUUCUGCCAGCGUCCAAGGUCACUGUGACGGAGGCGCUUUGCCAUGAAGCCAUUGAGACUGUGCCCCGAAGGCAUCUCUGGAUCUGGGCGCUGGGUGCGCAGGAGGCCUGGGCUGAGGUUCCGGCGGCCCCCGCGUCGGGGCCCACCUUCCGGACCUUGCGGGCGGUUCCCGAGAUCCCAGUGGCCACCGCGGUGAUUUUGCUGCGCACCACUCAGGAGGCAGCGCUGGACUGGGGCGGGCCCUUCAGCAAGGCCUCGGUGUGGCAGACGAACUUCAACAAGCGCCGGAGCGAAGGGUUCCCCUCGUUUCGGGAGCGCUACGCCAACUACGACCUCACGGGCCUGCUGAAUCAGACGCAGCUCAUGCUGAAAGACCCCCGCACCAACCGGCUGUACUUCUCCUUUUUGGACGAGGUCCAGUUUAGGACGCUGCAGGAUGGCAUCAAGCGGCGAGCGGAGCAGGACAGGUUUGGCUUCAACGUGGGGGCACGCCUCUACAGGAAGAUACUUAAUGGCGAUGAGGUCGGGCCUCGAAUUCAGACUCAGCCUGACACCUUCGACCCCAAGGCUCCUGUGGACAUGUCCUCGCCUUUCUCAGGCAGGUGGCCGGCCUUAAAGCCACCUUUGCCCAAGGGCCAGUCUGCGGGUGACUUGGCAGAGGGCAGCCGGAGGCUCUUGGAGUACCUGCGGUCGCAGGGCUACUGCAAAGACUUCAGCCUCUCCAGCUUUGAGCUCCAAAAAGAUGGCCGAGUCCAGUUCUCCUCGUUCGUGCUGGAGCCGGCCAAUUUGGAGGCCACCUCCACACUGAUGCGCAGCCGAGGGUUCCCACCAAGGUACGACUCGCGGAUUCUGCAGGCCUUUUUUGCGGAUCGGGGCUUUGAUAGUGAGCUGGAGGAUGAACUGAGUGAUGGGCUGGACAGUAACAAGGGCUCGCGCGGAGUCCGCACCAAGUGGCUGCUUUCUGCUGAUCCGGACAUCAGCUUGGAUGGAAUAGAGGUGCCCGUGGUCCUAUCCGACGAGCGCCCGGAGGACGACCAGGAUCUCAUCUUCUGCCUGAACGAGCUUCUCAAGCUCCAGGUGUCCAUCGCCAGCUCUUUGGAGGUGGCGUGCCUGGCCUUCCGCCACGCGGAUAGGGACUUGUCGGACAAUAUCCGAAGGGCAUUCAACGAGGCGAACAAGCUGUCUGCCAAAGCUGCAACGGUGGUGUCGAACUAUGCCCAAGUUGCUCAGCAGGUGAGUCGCAACAUCUUGCCGGACCUGAAGUUGGCCAUUCAGGAGAAGGAGCCAAGCCUAGCGGUAAGCUUGUUGGGCAUCGUGAAAGACUGGGUGUCCAACAUGAAGAAGGAUGGCGAGCAGAUUCAGCACCUGUACUCAUCCUUGCAGCAGAACGUGCAUGACCUCAUCCUUGGCGCUCAAAGGGCAAAGAGUGGUGCAGAUCGGCGUUUGGCAGAGUCGCUCCAGGAGCAGGCGGAAGUCGGAUCAGAGAUGGGUCCGAUGCAGUUUUCUUGGUUGAUGUAUGGGCCAGGUGUCAAAGGAAUAGGACGUUUUCUUGUCAGCUUGGUAUUUUGUUCUUGUCCUAUAAUUAGGGAGCCCCUCUUGGAGGAAGUGUAA